AUGUCUUCACCGGGGAACGAAGCGCGUCUAGUUGAAGGAGACCGGGAUGAACUGUUGUUUUGUUUAGGCCGGAUCCCGGCUUGUAUAGAUGUGCGAGCAGUUACGCGUUUUGAAGAGGGACAUCUAGCCACGGCAUCUGCUUCAUCAACGGUGUCGGCUGCAUUCGGUGGUAGUGUUGCUCUUGUGACACGGCCAACCGGAACAGAGCAACGCAACGAUGGACAACAGCCGAGUACGGCUGCAAGUCCAACGGUGCAAGCGACUGCUGGUGGUUGUGAUACGGUUGUGACACUGCCGUUUGAAAUCGUCCGACGCCUUGGUGAGCAGCAACCGACUUCAGUAGCAUAUUCGCCGUUGCAAGUAGCUGCUGGUGGUGGUGUUACUCUUGUGACACUGCCGUCCGGAACUGUUCGACGCAUUGGGGACCAGCAGCCGAGUUCAGUUGUCUAUUCGCCAAUGCAAGCGGUUUCUGGUGGUGGCGUUGCUACUGUGACACGUCCACCCGGUAUCGCUCGACGCAACGACGGACUUCAGCCGAGUUCAGCUGCACGUUCAACGGUGCAAGCGGCUGCUGGUGGUGGUGUUGCUACUGUGAUGCGGCCGCCCGGUACCGUUCGACGCAUCGACGGACAACAGCCGAGUUCAGCUGCACGUUCAACGGUGCAAGCGGCUUCUGGUGGUGGCGUUGCUGUUGGGGCACGGCCGCCCGGAAUCGCUCGACACAUCGGUGAUCUGCAGCCGAGUUCAGCUGCCUAUUCGUCGUUGCAAGCGGCUGCCGGUGGAAGUGUUGUUGUUGGUGCACGGCCGCCCGGUACCGUUCGACGCAUCGACGGACAACAGCCGAGUUCAGCUGCAUGUUCAACGGUGCAAGCGGCUUCUGGUGGUGGCGUUGCUGUUGGGGCACGGCCGCCCGGAAUCGCUCGACACAUCGGUGAUCUGCAGCCGAGUUCAGCUGCCUAUUCGUCGUUGCAAGCGGCUGCCGGUGGAAGUGUUGUUGUUGGUACACGGCCGCCCGGUACCGUUCGACGCAUCGACGGACAACAGCCGAGUUCAGCUGCAUGUUCAACGGUGCAAGCGGCUUCUGGUGGUGGCGUUGCUGUUGGGGCACGGCCGCCCGGAAUCGCUCGACACAUCGGUGAUCUGCAGCCGAGUUCAGCUGCCUAUUCGUCGUUGCAAGCGGCUGCCGGUGGAAGUGUUGUUGUUGGUGCACGGCCGCCCGGUACCGUUCGACGCAUCGACGGACAACAGCCGAGUUCAGCUGCACGUUCAACGGUGCAAGCGGUUUCUGGUGGUGGUGUUGCUAGUGUGACACAGCCACCCGGUAUCGCUCGGCGCAACGACGGACUACAGCCGAACUCAGCUAGAUGUUCAACGGUGCAAGCGGCUUCUGGUGGUGGCGUUGCUGUUGGGGCACGGCCGCCCGGAAUCGCUCGGCGCAACGACGGACAACAGCCGAACUCAGCUAGAUGUUCAACGGUGCAAGCGGCUUCCGGUGGUGGUGUUGCUGUUGUGACACGGCCACACGGUACCGUUCGACUCAUCGAAGGACAACAGCCGAGUUCAGCUGUCCAUUCGUCGUUGCAAGCGGCUUCCGGUGGUGGAGUUGCUAGUGUGACACGGCCACCCGGUAUCGCUCGACGCAACGACGGACAACAGCCGAGUUCGGCUGCACGUUCAACGGUGCAAGCGGCUUCUGGUGGUGGUGUUGCUGUUGGGGCACGGCCGCCCGGAAUCGCUCGGCGCAACGAUGGACAACAGCCGAGUUCGGCUGCACGUUCAACGGUGCAAGCGGCUGCUGGUGGUCGUGUUGCUGUUGCGGCUCGAUCGCCCGGAAUCGCUCGGCGCAUCGGGGAGCUGCAGCCGAGCUCAACUGCCCAUUCGUCGUUGCAAGCGGCGGCUUCCGGUGGUGAUGAUGCAGUUGUGGCACAGCUGCUCGACUUACUCGUGUCAGAUGAUAUGAGUGUUGAUGCGGCUGAUUCACAAUUGCAAAACACAUCGGCUUGUUUUAACGAGAACGAGCCGACGGUGUCUGCUGCACAACCAGAACCGACUGGUAUUGUCGGGCGACAGCAACCGUUGGCUUCAGCUGUGCUUUUGCGUGACACAGUUGCAGGGAGUUUGGAUUCCCCAAUUAUGUUUUAUCGAACGUGA